GUCAAAUCUGUCAGUUGUGCUGUUUGAUUUUUUGAGCCAGUUGAUAAAUGAGUUUCGGGCAUAAACAAUGAACGAAUUAUGUUUUUUAAAAAAAUUUGGACACUUUUAAAGGGGAGUUCAAUGGAUUAAAUUAUGAAGAACGUAUCUGUACAAGUACUAGACAGUGACAUAGCUCUUCUUUUACCUAAUGGUGUUUAUCAAAUUAAACAAAUGGAAGCAAAGUCGUCUAGAUUGAAGCAAAUUUGUCUUUUUUGUCUGGCUUUGUGUCUCUUUGGUAUUUUUGGAUUCGGAUAUUUUUGCCCCGAAAAAGUAUGUGCUUUGAAAAAUCCACUACCACAAAUGGACGACAAUAUAGGAAAACCACUAACGUUGGAGAAGAAUAAAAUCGGACUAAGUUACGACGACAUGCUGAACGACGACUUUUCUUUUGACAUGGACUCGCAUGACGUCAUGGUUUUUCUUCAUAUGCAAAAGACAGGUGGUACGUCUUUCGGCAAACACUUGGUGCACGACUUGGAUUUGAAGCGACCCUGUACUUGUCCCCUCACGCGCAAAAGGUGCUACUGCUUCCGGCCGCAUUCCAAUCAAAGUUGGCUUUUUAGCCGAUACACUACGGGGUGGAAGUGCGGCCUGCACGCCGACUGGACGGAAUUGACGGGCUGCGUGGACGAAAAGUUAGACGAAUUAGAAGACGUAGUGAAAAGAAGAUAUUUUUAUAUUACUUUGUUAAGGGAGCCGAUAUCGAGAUACUUGUCCGAAUUUAGGCACGUCCAGAGGGGCGCGACGUGGAAGGGAUCCCGCCAUUUCUGUAAAAACAGGGCGGCCACGAUAGACGAGAUUCCGCCCUGUUACGAGGGAGAGAAUUGGGAGGGAGUGAAACUAGAUGAUUUUAUUAAGUGCGAAAGCAAUUUGGCAGCUAAUAGACAGACCAGAAUGUUGGCAGAUCUGGAAUUAGUGGGCUGCUACGACAGUAAAUAUAUGCCGAAGGCCGACCGAGACCGCAUAAUGCUAGCGAGCGCGAAGAAAAACCUUCAAUCCAUGGCCUUCUUCGGCCUAACCGAACACCAGAAGAUCUCACAAUACAUUUUUGAGGAAACGUUCAACCUCCGAUUCGCCAUUCCCUUCGAGCAGAACAAUUCGACGCUGUCGAGCACGACGAUAACAACUCUCAACCCGGCACAGGCCGCCAAAAUAGCCGAGUUGAAUAAAUUGGAUAUCGAUUUGUAUAAUUUCGCCAAGGAAUUGUUAAUGUCUAGGUUCAACAAACUGAAAUCGAGAGACGACGAUUUCGAGGAGAGAUUUAAGCAUCUGGGAGUGCUGAACGUACGAAAUAAUCCUACCAGCUUCGAUUGGGAUAAGUUGGACGAUUCGGCGGAUAUCGACAGGAAGUGAGGACAAAAAACAAUAAGGGUAUUUUUGAUUUAAAGGUCCUUUAGAGGAAAAAGUGUGUAGAUUAUUGUCUGUAAAUUAUCUGGUUGCUAUGUAAAGUCGGUCAUACAUUUCGUUUCAAUCCGCUCAAUUUACAGCCUGAACAAUUUCAGGCUCAGAAUUGUCUGUGUCGAUGUGUUAGAGAAAAUAGAGUGAAUGCGCAAAGUUAACUGAAAAAUUAUCGAGAUUAUCAUCAUUGUACAGGGUGUCACAUCACACUACUACUUUUUUACCCUAUACCCUGUAUAUUUUUUUAUUUUAUUUGUCUUGUUAUGAGCUUUCUAAAAAUAUAGUAUAUUCUGUACUUCUUUUCAUAAAUAAGGUCGAAAAUGCAUUAUUUAACUUUUUAACAUAGGCGGUCGGUUUAUAAUAGGCGGGUUUUUAUUUAAAAUUUGACAGUGUUAAUAGAUAAUAUUUUAUAAAAUUAAUCUUGUAUACUGUCAAAUUAUUUAUAACAUAAACUACUUGGACAAAACAAUUAUCGCAUAUUUUAUAAAAAAAUAUAUUAAUUUGAAAAACACUUUGAAUUCCCUGACUUAAGCUUGAUUUUCAUGCAUCCGUUGUCCGACGAUACGAUGAUACGAUAUUAAUUUUAUUGGUUGAAUUUAAAGGCUUCGAUUGGUUAACCGUUUCUAACUAGAGUUUACGGGAGUAACUUAAAUUAUUAAAAAAAUUGGGGGCUAUAAUAGAUUCAUACAAUAUGGACUACUUCAGUUUCAAUUUAAAUCGAUCAAGGAUUAUCAUGAAGAAAUGACGGCGGAUGUUUUUGAAGAAUACUUUUCUCUAUCAUUGUUAUGGACAACGCCAGUUAUCAUUCGAGAUUAGUAGAAAAAUUGCUAACCGUUUCUUGGAGGAAAGGGGACAUUAUAGGUUGGUUGUCUUAAAAGGAUAUUUCAUUCGAACACGGAAUGUUAAAAAAGGAGGUGGUGGGUACAUAUACUCUGUUUUUUUUCUCAGGUAAGAUUUCGACAGACGAUGACAGAAAAAAAGCAGAUGACUUCCAUACCAAUCC